UUCACCCUGAGCACGAUCUGAUAAGAGAAUGCGCGACGCGUGGGAUGCUGGGAAGAGGGGUUGAAGCGGUCCAAGCCGGCGCCCUCGCUCCACAAGUUCCUUCAGUAGACGCGCGCUGCUACAAUCGGUUGGACCCUAGCUCGAAUCCUCCCCGUAGAUCGCGUUCGUACCAUAUCCUCGAUCAUCGAGUCCUCGAUCCUGCCGAAGGGUCCUUCCACGAUCUUCGAAACACCUUUGAGAAGCAAGUUCGGAUCCAACUUCCCCGAACUCAUCCUCCAUUUCGAACUUUUCCAAACGACUGUUUGGCCGAACGCGGCACGUGUCAUCGAGGAUAACGUGAAUCGAUCGAAGAGGAUCUCGGAUUCCAUCAGUUCUCGGCGAAAUUACCGUUAAUCGACGAUCUCCGCGGUUUUACUUCAACUAGAAACUUCAGGCACCGAAACUUCAGCGCUCCGUUAACCGCGCCGAAGUUAUGCCAACGUUAAGUCAAGUUUAACCGUCUUGGAAUGUCGAUUCAAGGGGAAGAUUCUUCGGGAGCAGUGUUCGGAAUUGAUACGUUGAGCCGAGUGUCAAAGGAACUGUCCACGUAAGUUUAACGAUUCCAGGGUAAUUUGGAAGAAUUUAGAGAAAAAUGCGUAGCAAAGAAAAGUUCGUUUCUUUAUCGUGAAAUACUGCCAGGAGCCAACCAGGACGUUUUUUAAUUUCCAAAUGAAAUUGUUCUAAAUACCGUCGCGUUCAACGAUUCCGGGACACAUCGAGAACAGUGCCAAGUUUUCAAUGAAUUCGUCGUGAGUUCAGUUAAACUAUCGCGGAAAAACGUUAGAAGUAAAAAGUGGUCCAAGACUGCCAGGUUUAAAUUCACUCGCGUUGAACCGAGUUUGAGGAUACUUGGAGGAAAAUAGCGGCGAAGGAGCGUCAGAUACGAAAGCAAAUUGGGAAAAUCUGAGGACUAACGCUCCUGGAAGGCCAGAAUAAAAACUGCCAAAUUGAGUAACAGUCCGUAAACACGUUAUCAAUUCUAGGGAACCAUUGACAAAGAAAACUACUGCAAGAGCGCCCAACUCACGAAACAACUCGCCACUGUGUUAACUUUAUGAUGAUCUGAGAUAUUAAAUAAAAAUCAAAACGGAAGAACUGCCAACAACUCUUGAAUUUCGAAAGGAACUUGUGUCGCGUCGUGUCGAGAGACAAUGACGGCAUUUAGAACCACGUGAACGACUUCGCAGCGAUAUACCUCGUGAUAGGACCCAUCGAAGCAUCGUGUCCCACGUUGAUAGUGCGAAACGUGUAAACCGCUAGGGGCAAGGAUGGAACAGCACCAAGGCGUCGAGGGAACAGCGACGACGACCGAAGAGGCAAACUUCUAACUGAAGGCACAGGGCAUGCUCGCCACGGGAGUAAGGCGAUGCGGCGAAACAACUGUUGGCUGGCCGUUCUGGCCGUUUCGACGGUGCUCCCGAUCCUGCGACACGGUCUAGCCAGGGAACGAUUUCCACUCGAUCAGGAGGACACGGAGCUCAAGGCUAACCGCAGCAAAGCCGCUUACGGGCUCGAUCAAACGACCCCGAGCGUGAGAACCGAGGAAAUCGAUGUCGCAUCGCGCAACGACGCCACGAAACUCGUCCUAGACGCCUCGCCUCUCGACCAACCGCCGAAAAAGCGUACAACCAUCGACGACGCUACAAAGGCGUCCCAAAGGAUUCCCCAAAGAGGAUGCAUCGAAGAUGCAGAUCCCUCUGCACGGAGCAACUCGGUCGACCAGGCCACGAUGGUCCAGCUGGAUUCGAAGCUCGCGAGCAGUUUUUCCCUGGAAGAUUCUCGUAAACGUUUCGCCGGGGCACAAACCAUCUCGGAAUGGACGAUGCUGGCGGGAAAUUCGGAAAAUUCAGGUGAACGACGUUUAUCUACCCGGAUUUCCCGUGGCGCGGUUGAGCACACCUCUGAGCGGACCAGAGCCGUUAUACGCGCCGAUGGGACGGUUCGUACGGCGACAACGAGCAGUCGUAAAAGAGGAGCGGUGGACGAGGAGACGAAUCGACGGGGAACGAGGUAUGAGGAUCUGGGAGCUUCGCAUUAUAGUCACGUCGGGGGUAGUUCGCGCGACGAUGACUCGUUGACGACCCCGGGCGAAAGAAAUUUCGCGGGAAAUCGUCCGCUUUCUGGAUCGGAGUCGACGGACGGAAGAGGUCGAAGAGACGAUGGCGGAUCUCCAGAUGACGGGAUGACGGGAUCUAGAAACGAAAUUGGAGAUGGAGAGGAAUCCUCGAUUGGAGGCGAUGUUGGUGUUCCGUCGGAGCGUGGUUAUGGCGAUCGGAGAUGGUACGAGGAUUUUCCGAGCGGAACUUCCGAGUUGGAUCUAGAAGAUAGGGAAAGUAAAGGAUUAGGAGAGAGGAGAGAGGUGGGAGGAGUGAGGUUUUGGAGUUUGGAGGAAAAUUCGAGGAAGAAGGACCAGUCUGUGUACGAUCUGAUGGACGGUGGGGCGCAUUCAAGGGACUUGAGUUAUUACAAGAAGCAGGGGGUGAAGAGUCAUACUAUGAGGAAGAUGGCGACUCAAGCGUUGCGUUUUUGGGGGGAGUCGAGGAAUCAGAGUGUUGAUGGAAAGGGGAGCAUCGAGGAAAUGAAAGGGCAGGAAGUGGACAGGGGAUCGGUGGAGCUCAGUUCUGAUUACAGGGAAAAUAAGGUGAAAUCUGAGACAUUUAAAUUCCUGUCAACUUCGAUGCCCCCUAGUAGUAGCCUAGAGGGGGGCAAUAAACUGGUGGAGUCAAAAUUCGAUCAUCAAAAACAGAAGCUCUCAAAGAAAUCAAUAGAUCUCAAUUCCUCCAAUGGUCUUUAUGAGAAAAAUCAGAUAAAAUCUGAAACAUUAAAUGUCCAAUCAACUUUGAUGUCCCCUAGGAGUAGCCUAGAGGAGGCUAAAAAACUCGAUCAUCAAGAACAGAAGCUUUUAAAGAAUUCAAUAGAUCUCAAUUCCUCCAACGAUAAUUAUCAGCAAAAUCAAAUAAAAUCUGAAACAUUAAAUGUCCAAUCAACUUUGAUGUCCCCUAGAAGUAGCCUAGAGAAGGCUAAAAAACUCGAUCAUCAAGAACAGAAGCUUUUAAAGAAUUCAAUAGAUCUCAAUUCCUCCAACGAUAAUUGUCACCAAAACCAGAUAAAAUCUGAAACAUUCCCGUCAACUUCACUGCCCUCCCUUACCCCCGCCAAGCUGGCAGACCUUGCCCCGAAUAGAUUAUCCAAGAGAUCUUUAGAUCCCACCUCGGAUAGGCUCAAAACUCCCCUAAAACCUGAGCUAUCGUCCGUCUGGUUCGAUCCAUCCCCCGAUCGCAUCCACCCUCUCGCCUCUAGUUCGCAGAAGUCGAGCCGUGAACGCUAUAAUUCUACGGGGAUCGAAAACCCGGAACGCGUCUCGACGUCUCGUAAAUCAGCGGAAGUAUACAAAGACGGAUCGCUAGAGCUGCGCGACGUCUCCCUGAAACAAAGAUCGACGGCCAACAAUGAUGUUCCCGAAGACAACGAGCCCGCCUCCUCGGAUCGAGUCGCGUUUCCUGUUUCGGGAACGGCUAUCGAUGUUAGCGCUGUUGAGAGGGAACAAGGAAAUCUCGCUCUUCAUACAACGAACAAAGAUGAAGCGACACUUACGGAAGAGCCGGAGAAAUUAAUGAAUGGAAACGGGUAUUCUUACCUAGGAGAGAGCAAGAGCGUGGACGUGGUAAACAAUGGGACGACGAUUUUCCAUUUCAGCGGCGAUAGCGAUGCGAACGAUAUGUCGAAAAUGGAAAACGUCGGUUCGAUAGAGGAUAGAGGCUUGCCUCGAGUAGAGAUUCGGGAUGGGAAAGAGGAUUGGACGCGGAGGGAAGUACUGGUGGAAGGAUCGAGGAAGGAUGUAUCAAACGGUGGAGCAGAGUUCAAUUUCCCAGAGAUAAACGUCGCGGAAAAGCUAUCCAAAAUGGAUAACCUGACUCUUAUUAAAGAUGGAGUGACACUUAUUGAAGAGUCGACGAAAUUAGCGAAUGCAAAUGGGAAUUCUCCUGUGAAGUCUUUGAGAACUCUCCGAGGUACAGGUACCUCUGAUAGAAAGGCUAGUGUCAGUGCUGAGAAUCCUCCUGAAGAGUCUGAAACCCCAUCCCCAAUUUACCAAGUCGCCAUAAAUUCAAAAGAAAAUCAACGAUCCUCAAAUAAAAAUAAUAACUCUGUCAACAUUUUGAAUUCUACGCACCAUAGUUUCACAAUCACAGGGACACCUGAUAGAAAGACUAACAAUCCUAGUAUCAUUGCUGAGAAUCCUCCAGAGGACUCGAAUUCAAAAGAAAUUCACCAGUGUCCAAACAAAAAUAAUAAUUCUUCUGUCAACCCCUUGAAUUCCACGCACUCUAUUCUCCCAACCGCGGGUACCGUCAAUACAAAGCCCAACAAUCCUACUAUUAGCACUCAAAUUACUAUUAGUACUCAGGAUGACUCGCUCGUUGUAAAGUCGAGAGAAUCCCAACGAUCCUCCAUCGAAGCCCACGGCUUCUGGAUCCCAUCCACGCCGUCCAACGCCGGAGAAAACGAUGGUGGAAUCGUGGCACCAGAGCCGGAGGCUAGGAUCGUCGACCAGACACUGUCUGCCACGGGCCAGCGAUCAAUCUCAUUAGCGGGGACUUCGAGCGCCGUCGUGGAAAAUCACGAAGAGCGCGGAACCACCUCCACGGUCUCUCUAAAGCUUAAUGGUCCGGUUACGAACGACCCAGUAACCGUUGUCAAAGACGUGGCAUGGAGUCGGGACUCAUCGAACCAAAACAGCCAGCUGAGCGCGCACGGAAUCAAAGAUAAUGAACCAGCCGUCGGAUUUCCUUCCGGCGAGAGGGAAUAUCGAAAAGCUUCGUCGAGUUGA